CACACACUUCACCUCUCGCCUUCUCCUCCUGCUCCUGCUGACAACCAGGCACCCUCCACACCACACCCAUGGCCUGCUACGACCGCUGCAGUCCCUGCGGACCCACCCCGCUGGCCAACAGCUGCAACGAGCCCUGUGCCCUGCAAUGCCAGGAUUCCCACGUCAUCAUCAACCCUUCCCCUGUGCUGAUCACCCUGCCAGGACCCAUCAUGACCUCCUUCCCCCAGAACACCGCCGUCGGAUCCACCUCCUCCGCUGCUCUGGGCACUGAGCUCAAUGCCCAGGGACAGCCCAUCUCUGGUGGAUUUGGCUUUGGUGGCUUUGGCCAUGGCCUUGGCUAUGGCCAUGGGUUUGGCUAUGGGCUGGGCUAUGGCCGUGGAUUUGGCUAUGGGCUGGGCUAUGGCCAUGGGUUUGGCUAUGGGCUGGGCUAUGGCCGUGGAUUUGGCUAUGGGCUGGGCUAUGGCUAUGGCCUGGGAGGCCUGGGCUGCUAUGGCAGAAGGGGCUAUAGCUACAACUGCUAAAACCUUUCAAUACCACUCCUGACACCAACCACUCACUCCCUGCAACACAACCCAGGUGUUGCAGAUGCCUCUCUGGGCCAAAGCUUUCAAUUGGCUCAGCACUUCCCAACUCCUGCUCUCAGGUUACCAAGGGCAGCAGCCAAGGAGCCAAGCCCAGCUGCCUGCAAAGAUGGCCGAUCUCCAUUCCUGCUCUUCUCUCACUCUCUUUCGGCUCUGUCCAGUUCCCUCUGCUGCAAAUCCCUUCUCCCAAGCUGGACACCAUUGGUAACCUUCACCAUCAGGUUGCUUCUACUGUGGAGCAGGAAGGCCUUGAUGCUCUGACCAAAGCACCAGCAAGCAGAGUUCAGCUGAUGGUCGCCCUAUUUGCACCUCAAACCAGCUUCCUUCCUCUUCUGCUCAUGACUUCUUGUUUUUCUUUUGCCUCAAUAAA